AUGUCAGAUUCAGUCGACUACAAGGCUUUGUUUUUGAGGGCCGAGGAGGAAAUAAAGAGAGUUGAUGAAGAAAGAAAGGGAGCUAACGAAGAAAGAAAGAAAGCUGAGGAGGGAAGGAGGCAGGAGAAGAUACUGAGAGAGCAAGCAGAAACACGAAAUCACCAGACUACCUUCGAAGAAUUUAUUCAACACUGUCAUGAUCUUCUUUCAAAGCCUCUGAAAGCCGGAGAUCCCACUCAGUCUACCACUGGUAGAGAAACACCGCGAUUAUUCAGUCCCUGCAUUGUACUAGAAGAGUAUGGACAGCGUUCUGCCGACCGACCUAUCACAAGUGAAAAGGACCUAGAAGUUUACGAGCGUUUUGCUGUGGAAAAUCAUGUGUCUGAUAUCAUCUCAGCGCUGUGCAAGAUACCGAGUGCGCGAGAGGAAUUCGGCCUAGGGAAUGGGGUGUGGUUCGACAACCACGCCAGGGCUCUUGACGAAAGUCCGCCAGACAAAGCAAAUCCGAAGGAACGACCUGCGCGUCCCGACCAAUUCUGUAUUCACCGUGUUGAUGAGGACAACGAGGGCGGGUCUCCGACCGAUGAACUUUUACCACGAGAUCGUCGAACCAGAAACAGUUCCUACCGACGGGCCGGAAAAACUAAGGUAUAACGCCGCUCGCCUUGCCGGC